GCUGAUGUCAUAACAAGAACCUAUGGUAAAGCAGUAAAGUACGCGAAGGAAAAUGUUCUGCUUCAGGUGCUUGUGAUGUCACCAAUGCUUGCAGGCAAAACACAGAAAUGUGAAAGGAACCCUAAUUAUCAUUAUCGUAAUAAACACUACCUAGAAGAAGCUACAAAUGAAAGAAUGGACAAAGAUGAAGAAGCUUUAAAGGCAGCCAGAGCAGAGCUCAGUGAAGCCAGGCGACAAUGGCAUCAUAUGCAAAUUGAAAUUGAAUCUCUCCAGGCUGUGGAAAGAGGUUUGGAAAGUUGUCUGCAUGCCUCAGAGCAGCAGUACCAGAUGCAACUGCAGAAUUUAAAAGCUGAGAUUGAAGGUUUAGAGAAGGAGCUACAGCAAGUGAGGAGAGGUAUUGAGAAACAGCUUCAAAAGCAUGAAAUACUACUGAACACUAAGAUGAGGCUGGAGCAGGAGAUAGCAACUUAUCGCAGUUUGCUGGAGGAAGAGGAAAACAGGUUUCAUUUUUCUACACAUGAUAGAAAAGAUGACAGAAAACCUACCACCAGCAAGAUAGCUUUUAUCCCACCUUCAACUGGUGCCAUAAAGAAGCAUGAGGAUGAAAAGGUGGAAAAAGUGACAAAGCAAGCAAUCUUAAAUGGAAACAUUGUGAAGGAAAGUGCUGAAGCUCAUGGCACCAUACAGACAGAAAAAGUGGAUGAAGUUAUUAAAGAAUGGGAAGGAUCUUUCUUUAAGGACAAUCCUCAUUUAAGGAAAAAGUCUGUUUCUUUGCGCUUUGAUCUCCACCUAGCAGCAACAGAUGACGGAUGUUUACAGACUAAACAAAAUAACCUACCUGACAUUGAAGUCAGGCUGGUAAUGAGAAGGUCUUGCAGUAUUCCAUCUAUCAAACCUUAACCUGCAGCAAACUAACUCAAGGGUCAUUUAUGAUGGGCUUUGGAAAUAAAUAACGUUAAGACAGAUCUAGAUGGACCACAUGACUUCCCCUCAUCUGGUCACAACUAUGAAAUGUUACUAAGUAUAUGCUUUAAUAAAUAUAUGAAUAAUGUCAGAUUCUCUUAAAUGAAAGAGAGCAGGGUAAGGUGUUAUAUUUCAAGAAACCUAACUCCUAUUAAUUUUUUACUCUUUAUUAAUUUUCUCAUUUGUUUUUUCCACAAACCUCGCUUUGCUUUGUAGAAUUUCGUCAAAUAUUUAAGUAUUGAAUUAUACCUUUAUACUUUACAUUACUUUUCUAACAAAGAAUCUGUUUUCUCUUUUCAGUUAAUGAAAACUGAACAUUUUAUUUUUGUAGUUCUUCAAUAUAAAAGUCAUAAUGUAUCCUUGUAUCACUUACAACACAAAAGUAUCAUACUGGAUGGUAUACAUCUAAAACCAUUUUUUUAACUGACAAAAGGUAAAUGCAUACAAACUCUUAAAGUAUGUAAACUAUUACAAAUAAUUAUAAAUAAAUUUUCCUUUACAAGGAAAUGGCUAAUAUUUUUUAAAUUUAUUUGAGAAAGUAACCCAUCCAAAAUAGUCUGUUUUCUCCUGUGCAUCCAUGCACAUAUUCCUUAAGACCAGUUUUACAAGGAAAUAAUAUUGAGCGAUAUCAUGCUAUUGAUUUUUAAGGAGAAUUCUCCAUUAAAAUCAAUUCAGGGUUCUAUUUUAAAACUGAGGGUAUGAUAUAGGCCAUUGAGAAUACUACAUUUAUAGGUUUCCCAUUAACUACCUCUCUGAGUUCUAGUGAAAUACAGAGCGUGAAAUUCAGACUGCUCUGUAGUCAAUAGGAGAUUUGUAGUCAAUAGGAGAUUUGCAACUGAUUUCACUGGGGCCAGGAUUUCACCCGAUGUGAAAUACAAAAUAUUAGGCCUAGUCCCACAGGCCCUCCAUGCAUGAGAUUUCAUGACUUUAAUGGAAGUUCCACACUCAGAAGUCUUGUAGGAUCAGCCCCAAUGUGUUACUAGAAAGAUCCACAGGCUCUAUGGAUACAGAGUAGAACCUCAAAGUUACAAACUGACCGGUCAACUACACACCUCAUUUGGAACUGAAAGUACACAAUCAGGCAGCAGAGUUGAAUAUAAACUACGGAAAAAAUAAAAAAAAAAUAAACAAAAAGAUUUGACAAGGUAAGGAUCCUGUUUCUAUGCUUAUUUCAUUUAAAUUAAGAUGGUUAAAAGCAGCAUUUUUCUUCUGCAAGUAAACUUUCAAAGCUGUAUUAAGUCAAUGUUCAGUUGUAAGUUUUUGAAAGAACAGCCAUAAUGUUUUGUUCCAAGUUACAAACAUUUCACAGUUAUGAAGAACCUCCACUCCUGAGGUGUUUGUCACUCUGAGGUUCUACUGUAUUGGCAUUAUAUAAAUAUAAAAUGAAAAAUUCUAGAACUGCUUCUCCCUCCUGACUAAUACAUCUGUAUUAUCAUCUGAGCAAUAAGAAAAUAGUUCCUUGAAGCUGUUAAAAAUUUAGCCAUCCCACAAUUCUGAAAAUAGUUAUUUCCAUACAUUUCCAGUUGUUACAAUAAGUGUUUAAUUAAAGUAAUUUAUAUAAAAUCCUCUUUAAAAAGUAAUUUAUGCUACUGUCUUACAGUACACCUCUACCCCAAUAUAACGCUGUCCUUGGGAGCCAAAAAAUCUUACCGCGUUAUAAGUGAAACAUGUUAUAUUGAACUUGCUUUGAUCUCCCGGAGCGCGCAGCCCCGCUGCUUUACCGCGUUUUAUCCGAAUUCGUGUUAUAUCGGGUCACAUUAUAUCGGGGUAGAGGUGUAUAUGGCACAUCAUUAUUAUGCCUGGGCUUAUUUACUGUAUAUUUAAUUAAAUUAACCAAAUAAGGACUACAAAUUUAAGUCACAGAUUUUAUUAUACCUUUUAUGGUAUCUUCCAAUGCUAAUUCAAAGCAGCAUGGGCAAACCUCAGCUACAUUAGAUAGCUUUCUUUCCACAAGAAAACAGAAAUACAGUCUAUUAAAGAAAAUGUUUGUGAAACUAGGUUUAAACAACAUAUAUGUUUAGGUAAGACUGACUGUUUACUUAUGAAGAAGAUCUAAGAUGUUGACCUUCCAAACUCUAAUUGAAGUUCAUGGGAGCUGCAAGCAUUCAGUAUCUCUGAAAUGCAUUCAGUAUCUCUGUUUUCUGAUGUUUCACAUUAGCAUGUCAAAAUUUUAUUCAGGUGUCAGCAAUUGCCCUAUUACCUAUGGCAUGCAAAACAGAUACUGGCACUGCAAAUUUCAUCCAGUAUUUAGUUAACCGCUUCUAAAUUGUAUUAAUGUAAAAACAAUGCAUUUAUACUGUAGGCCAUUGUUCUAUAUCUACUGUACUAAGCCAACUAAUUAACAUUAACCUUGACAGUCAAAUAUUGAUCUGGUGGUGUUAAUACUUGAGUACUUGGCAUCCUGAAUGUAAUAGCCUGUUCUAGUAAUUCCACUAUGCAGCUUUUCUGUGUUUAUAGUAUAUAUCUUUUACAAUACUUGAAUUUAAACUAAGUUAAAACUGCUUUAAGGCACUUUGAACAGGGAUAUGAAUUUACCAAAGUAAAUGAUACCACUGCUAUAAAGAAUAAUAAAAUUGAACCUGAAACUGCAUAUUAUGUGAUUUUGACAUGCACUUAUAUUGAAAGGUGUGUGCAGGUGGGGAGGGGCGCGCGUGCACACACGCUUACACACACCCUAAAAUGAAUGCAGUGGACUACAGGUACUCUAGCAUUACAACCUAUGCUUGCUAUAGAUCUUCUCUACAAAUAUUAUG